AUGGCUGUAAUUCUGCACGAUGCCGUCGCGAAUACUCUGAUGAACGAUGACGUGCCGUCGAUAUUCACUGUCAGUAGUUUGAAGAAGUUGCUCACCGCGAAAGUCGACAAUUUCGCCGCCGCUCGAGCGAUCGGCGGAGUCCUCGCAUUAGAUGAAAUUCUAAAAUUGAUUCAAAUGGUCCCUAGAAACGAAAUCCUGCCAGGAAAAACUUUUGGCAACUUCUACGCCAACGUUUCACAACUUUUUAACAAGGUUCUUUAG